CUAGCUCCACCCCUUUCCCCUUCAUCCUUGCCCACCCAACAAGCACUCACCACUCCCUUCUUGCUCCUCUCGAUCGACCAAGAGACGGCGUGCAUAUACGGAUCAGUACGUAGAUCUAUCGAGACAUGGGAGAUCACCAGCUGAUGCACGCUGCUCCGGCCAUGUACAACGGCGGCAGCGUGGCUGUCUCGCACGGCAUGUGGUGGAACAGCAACGCGACGGCGGCCGUGCCUGCCGCGGCGUGUUCCACGGAGCUCGCCGGGUUCAAUACCUGGCCUUCUGCUCUCCAUGCUGCACAUGGAUACGACGUGGUGGCCGACGGCGGCAAGGCGAAGAGCUGCACCACCACGGCCUCCUCCGAGUCCCCCGGCGGGAACAACAGCUCCGUAACCUUCCAGGAAACAGCCAGCAUCAACGACCCGGCAGCUGGAGGCGCCACCGUGGCCGGGUUCACCGACUGGAACAACCCUUACAUGAGCAGCGAUGCUGGUAACAUGCAUGGGUUUCUGCAAGUUGGCCACCAUGACAUGAGCUCAAGAACCGAUCAGAGCAUGAUGAACUCCUCAACGAAUAACCUAGACCUAGCGCUGCAAGGACACCACCAGCAGCAACAGCAGCAGCUGCUGUCCAGCCUCGGCGCGCCCGAGCUGCUGCUGUCCCCAAACUCGCCGUACGGGUUCCAGUCGUCGCUGCUGAGGAGCCUCAUGGAGCCGAUGGCGAAGCCAGCGGCCGGGAUUCAGCAGUACCAAUACCAGCAGAUGGGCCAGACUGCAGGGGGCAGGGAGCCACUGCAGUUCACCAACGACGCAGCGUACUGGAACGCUUCUAGCGCCGGGUUCGGCAUGGCGCUGGCAGCGCCACCCGCGACCACCGAUCAGGGCAGAGCACGUGCUGCCGUCAAACAAACGCCAGCACCGCGUGGAGCAAACCUUGCGCUAAAGAAUGUGCUAGAAGGAGUUGGAGACUCCGGCUCAAUCACCACCAAGAAGGUCAACGGCGAGCCGGCGUUCAAGAGACCGAGGAUGGAGACGCCGUCGCCAUUGCCCACCUUCAAGGUUAGGAAGGAGAAGCUAGGGGACAGGAUCACAGCACUCCAACAGCUCGUCUCUCCUUUCGGAAAGACGGAUACGGCGUCGGUGCUGCACGAGACCAUCGAGUACAUCAAGUUUCUCCACGACCAAGUUGGUGUGCUCAGUGCUCCUUACCUGAAGCACGGCCAUCAUCAGCAUCAAGUGCCACAGUACCUCAAGAGCUCCAGCGCUAGUCCUGACAAAUCGUCCAAGGACGGCGAGGUUUCGCUCAAGGGCCGGGGGCUGUGCCUGGUGCCGAUAUCCAGCACGUUCGCCGUGGCCAGCGAGGUGCCCGUCGACUUCUGGACCCCGUUCGGCGCGCAGUUUAGGUAGAUGAAUGGCGGCUUCAGACACAAGGCACGUACAGCUCCGAUCGAUCAGAAGCUACCACGCACGGAUCGAUCCGACCUACGACAUUCCUUGAUCCUAAUUAACGAGUUAUUAUUACCUACUAGCUUAUGAUCAUAAUUUGUAAUUGAUAGAGUACUGCACGCUGAGGAUGGUAGCUAGGUGAACCUUUGGAAUGAGUGCUUGAAGACUUGGAUUCAUUCUUCAGGUUCAUCGGGGAAUAAUCAAUCUGUUUACUAAGGGAACUGCUAGCCGCGAGGGGACCGAAUUAUGCCGACCGGUUUCGUAUGAUUGGUUGUUAGGUUUGCAUCAUUGAGCAGUUGUGUCUAAGGAUUAAUUAAUGGUUCGGUACUUUAAAUUCACUGAUGGAUGGAUAAAGUCUGUCUGUCUGUAGCAGGUUUAGUUCUCUAUGGAUAUUGUACCAAAUAAAAGUGGCAUCGAUCUCUCUUUGAUUAA